AUGAGAUCUUCCAUCGUUCUUGCUGCCUCUGGCGCCGCCCUCGUCAUGGGCCGUGCCAUCGACCCCCGUGUCCUUGACCCUCGCGCCAUGGAGACCGUUUGGGAUGUCGACUACGUGACUGUCACCGUUACUGAGGGUGACAUCCCAGUCGCUACUCCCACUCCUACUCCUUCCAACCCCGCCAUCUACUACGAGGCUCCUGCUGCCAGCUCCUCCUCUUCCGCCCCCGCUGUGGUUGAGCCCUCUCCCGCUCCGGCCCCCAUCUUCUCGACCGUCACCGUCGAGCCUGCCCAGCCUACCGUCGCUGCUCCUACCAGCGCCCCGGUUGUCGUCGAGCCCGAGACCACUCCCACCCCGACUCCCACCCCUACGCCUACUCCUACCCCGCAGCCUGCCACUUCCGCUCCUGCUGCCGUUUCCACCCCCGCUGCCACCGACGACCUUCAGACCGCUUGCAUCGACUCCCACAACGUCCACCGUGGUAACCACUCUGCCCCUGCUCUGUCCUGGGACGCCGAGAUUGCCGGCUACGCUGCCAUCACUGCUAAGACUUGCGUCUUCGAGCAUGACAUGACCACCGGCGGUGGCGGCUACGGCCAGAACCUUGCCAUGUGGGGUGCUACCGGCUCCGAGUCUCUCGGCGCUGCCAAGGCUGCCCAGAAGGCCAUCACCGAGCAGUGGUACAACGGCGAGCUGAACCUGUACACCGGCUACGGCCAGGCCAGCCCCGACAUGACCGACUUCCUCAAGUGGGGUCACUUCACCCAGAUGGUCUGGAAGGACACCACCACCGUUGGUUGCGCCGUCGAAUACUGCGCCGCCGGUACCCUCAGCUCCAUUGGCAGCUGGUUCACCGUCUGCAACUACAAGAAGCAGGGUAACGUCAUCGGCAGCUUCGACACCAACGUCCUCCCUGCCCUCGGCGAGGCCACUGUCAACGCCAACUAA